AUGGGGAAAAUACAUAAGUUGCAGUCAAGCAAUAAUAAGAUGGCAGAAGAAAUUGCCGGGGCCUCGAGCAGCGAGGAGAUUCGGAGAGACCAAGAAUUCGCCGUAAAGGCGAUCAGGACGUUCCUAGAAAGCAAGAACUCGUUCGACGUUCUUCCUGUUUCGUAUCGGCUGAUUGUUUUCGAAACCACAUUGCUGGUGAAACGCGCAUUGAACAUCCUCCUACAGAACAGCAUUGUUUCUGCCCCGCUGUGGAACAGCAAGACGUCCAAGUUUGCGGGCCUACUUACCUCGAGCGACUUCAUCAACGUGAUCCAAUACUACUCGCAAAAUCCAGACAAAUUCCAGUUUGUGGAUAACUUGACGUUGGACGGGCUCCGGGACGUCGAGAAGGUGAUUGGAGUACCACAAAUGGAGACUAUCUCGAUCCAUCCGUUCAAAUCGCUGUAUGAGGCGUGUGUGAAGAUGAUUGAGAGUUCUGCGAGAAGAAUUCCGCUGAUCGACAGAGACGAAAAGACAAACCGAGAAAUUGUGGUCUCUGUGCUGACACAGUACCGGAUUCUGAAGUUUGUGAGUAUGAAUUGCAAAGAGUCGCGAAUGUUGCUACAACCGCUCAGUGAGCUGAAUGUGGGAACCACGAAAGGAUGUUCUGCGGUCAAGAUGGAAACACCGGUGAUGGACGUGAUCCAUAUGCUGAUCUCCAAGUCGGUGAGCUCUGUUCCAAUCGUGGACGACCAGGACAAGCUGGUGAACGUGUACGAGGCGGUGGAUGUUUUGUCGCUUAUAAAAGGUGGAGUUUACGCGGAUUUGUCGCUGAGCGUGGGCGAAGCAUUGAUGAAACGAUCUGAUGAUUUCGAGGGAGUUUACACGUGCACUUUGAAAGAUAACCUGUGUGUGAUUUUGGAGACCGUGCGUAAAUCGCGGCUCCAUAGACUGUUUUUGGUGGAUGACGAUGGCCGCUUGAUUGGAGUCAUCACUCUUAGCGACAUCCUUAAGUACAUUUUAUUUGCAUAG